CUGCUGCUGCUGCUGCUGCUGCUGUUGCUGCUGCUGCUGGAGCUGUUGCUACGGCCAGGGGACGUCCUCGGGCUCCUGGGACUUCCCAAGUGGUGACUGCUGGACACGAACACAGAGACGCGCCCCGGUUCUGCCAGUUGGGAGACGCGCCCGGAGAGUCCUCUUAGAACUACUGCUCAGCGGCUCCCCUCUUUGCAGCCCCGCCUCGCCCUGCUCUUCCAGAAAGUGGAGUGGAAUAGUUGGGGGGAGGGAGGUUCGCCUACUGGUUUUUCAGCUGCUUUUUGCACAGAAUUCUGCUGUUCCCGGGCUCUCUUCCCCCCGCCACCCGCCUUCCACUUUUUUUUUGUCUAUUUGGGUGUUUUUGUAUCUUACUUGUCCCUCCAGUCAAGAUGAGGAAAGGUUUGGAGGCUACAUGCGGAUUGGGACUGGGAUACAUGCUGCAGAUGUUGGUGUUACCUGCCCUAGCCAUCCUUAGCGCCAGCAGCCCGGGCUCGGCAGCCCAAGAUGAUGAUUUUUUCCAUGAGCUACCAGAAACUUUUCCAUCUGACCCUCCCGAGCCUCUGCCACAUUUCCUUAUUGAGCCUGAAGAAGCUUACAUCGUGAAAAACAAGCCCGUGAACCUGUACUGCAAAGCCAGCCCUGCCACCCAGAUUUACUUUAAGUGCAAUAGUGAAUGGGUCCAUCAGAAGGACCAUGUUGUGGAUGAGAGAGUAGAUGAAACCUCUGGUCUCAUUGUCCGGGAAGUGAGCAUUGAGAUUUCCCGGCAACAAGUUGAAGAGCUCUUUGGACCUGAAGAUUAUUGGUGCCAGUGUGUUGCCUGGAGCUCGGCAGGCACCACCAAGAGCCGUAAAGCCUACGUGCGCAUCGCAUAUCUUCGCAAGACUUUUGAACAAGAACCUUUAGGAAAGGAAGUGUCCUUGGAACAGGAAGUCCUGCUACAAUGUCGCCCACCUGAGGGCAUACCCACGGCUGAGGUGGAAUGGUUGAAAAAUGAAGAGAUAAUUGAUCCUGUUGAAGAUCGGAAUUUUUAUAUUACCAUUGACCACAACCUGAUUAUAAAACAGGCUCGUCUCUCAGAUACAGCAAAUUACACAUGUGUUGCCAAAAACAUUGUCGCCAAGAGGAAAAGCACGACAGCAACUGUUAUAGUCUAUGUGAAUGGUGGCUGGUCCACCUGGACUGAAUGGUCUGUGUGUAACAGUCGAUGUGGACGAGGUUAUCAGAAACGUACCAGAACUUGCACCAACCCAGCACCACUGAAUGGUGGUGCCUUUUGUGAAGGACAAAGCGUUCAGAAAAUAGCCUGUACGACAUUGUGCCCAGUGGAUGGUCGGUGGACAGUGUGGAGCAAGUGGUCGACCUGUGGAACAGAGUGUACCCAUUGGCGCAGGAGAGAGUGUUCAGCACCAGCCCCCAAGAAUGGAGGCAAGGACUGCGAGGGGCUCGUUCUGCAAUCCAAGAACUGCACAGAUGGACUGUGUAUGCAGGGUUUCAUUUAUCCUAUUUCAACUGAACAGAGAACCCAGAAUGAAUAUGGAUUUUCUUCGGCUCCUGACUCAGAUGAUGUGGCCCUCUACGUUGGUGUGGUUAUAGCAGUGAUUGUGUGCUUGGCCAUUUCUGUGACCGUGGCUCUAUUUGUAUAUCGGAAGAACCAUAGGGACUUUGAGUCUGAUAUCAUUGAUUCCUCAGCCCUCAACGGGGGAUUUCAGCCUGUGAACAUCAAGGCUGCAAGGCAAGAUCUCCUGGCGGUACCACCAGACCUUACAUCAGCUGCAGCCAUGUAUAGAGGCCCUGUCUAUGCUUUGCAUGAUGUCUCUGACAAAAUCCCGAUGACCAACUCACCAAUCCUCGAUCCUCUACCCAACCUGAAAAUCAAAGUGUACAAUACCUCAGGUGCCGUAACCCCACAGGAUGACUUAUCAGAUUUCACAGCCAAGCUGUCCCCACAAAUUACCCAGUCUCUGCUAGAAAGUGAGACUCUCAACUUGAAGAAUCAGAGCCUGGCUAGACAAACAGACCCAUCCUGUACUGCUUUUGGGACUUUCAACUCUCUUGGGGGGCACCUCAUUGUGCCUAAUUCAGGAGUGAGUUUGCUGAUUCCUGCAGGGGCCAUUCCCCAAGGGAGAGUCUAUGAAAUGUAUGUGACCGUACACAGGAAAGAGAAUAUGAGGCCCCCAAUAGAAGACAGUCAGACUCUUUUGACCCCAGUGGUGAGUUGCGGGCCUCCUGGAGCCCUAUUGACUCGACCUGUUAUUCUUAGCAUGCAUCACUGUGCAGAGCCUGAAACGGAGCGGGACUGGAAGAUCCAGCUGAAAACUCAGACCCCACAGGGACACUGGGAGGAUGUGGUAGUGGUUGGAGAGGAAAAUUUCACCACCCCAUGCUACAUUCAGCUGGACCUAGAAGCUUGCCACAUCCUCACAGAGACACUGAGCACAUACGCCUUGGUUGGACAGUCCACCACCAAAGCCGCAGCAAAGCGCCUAAAACUCGCCAUCUUUGGGCCACUGUCUUGUUCAUCUUUGGAAUACAGCAUGCGAGUCUACUGUCUGGAUGACACACAGGAUGCGCUCAAGGAAGUUCUGCAGCUGGAGAGACAAAUGGGAGGGCAGCUCCUAGAAGAACCCAAGACCCUCCAUUUUAAAGGCAGCACCCAUAACCUGCGUUUGUCAAUUCACGACAUAGCCCAUUCCCUCUGGAAGAGUAAACUGAUUGCUAAGUACCAGGAAAUUCCUUUUUACCAUAUCUGGAGCGGUUGUCAAAGAAAUCUCCAUUGUACCUUCACCUUGGAAAGAUUCAGCCUCACCACAGCGGAGUUAGUUUGUAAGCUCUGCGUGCGGCAGGUAGAGGGAGAAGGCCAGAUCUUCCAGCUCUCCUGUACAGUGUCAGAGGAACCCACUGGCAUUGACUUUCCCCUUCUGGACCCAGCAAGUACCAUCACCACCAUCACAGGACCCAAUGCUUUCAGUAUCCCUCUCCCUAUUCGGCAGAAGCUCUGUAGCAGCCUUGAUGCCCCUCAGACCAGAGGUCAUGACUGGAGGAUGCUAGCCCACAAACUGAAGCUGGAUAGAUACUUGAAUUAUUUUGCAACAAAAUCAAGUCCUACUGGAGUUAUCCUGGAUCUCUGGGAAGCUCAGAACUUCCCAGAUGGGAACCUAAGCAUGCUGGCAGCAGUCUUGGAAGAAAUGGGAAGACAUGAAACAGUGGUGUCUUUGGCAGCAGAAGGGCAGUAUUAAACCAGCCUGGAACUGAAGAGGAAGGAGGAAAAUGCACAGGGAAUUUGAUGGCUGGCCUGCAGGCCACAAUUUUGAAAUACAAGCCAGACCAGAUCAAGAAGCUUCACAGGGAGAUUUCAGUGAGAGAGAGAGAGAGAGAGAGAGAGAGAGAGAGAGAGAAAGAGAAAAAAAAAAACCAACCAGAAACAGCCAAUUUUCAUUCCCACUUUACUUGUACAUUAUCACAGGAGUUAAGAGAAAAAAUGUGUAAAGUUGUACCUUGAAUAUAGAAAUCAACCUAACUUUCCUCUUAAUUGGGUUGUGCUGCAUGGUACAGGAUUUUACAGUUUCCUAGGAAACGGUUUUUAUUGCUAUCCAGAUAUAUUGGAUAAACUUUCUUAACAGACCCAAUUUCUAUGAACAUUGUUUACAUCAGAUUUGGACAGGGAUAAGGACACCGUUCAUGGCUCUUUCUAUUUUUGUUUAAACCAUUUGAAGUUGAAGCUGUGGACGCUUUGUUGUGUCUAUUUCAGAUUAGCAAUUUACAGAGAAACCACAGACUUUUGUUACAAAUCUUGUGCAUCAGGUGUCUCGGAUAAUCCUCCCAUUGUAGUUCUGUUUCCAAGGCCUUGUUGUAGAACCCAAGCGGAACCAUUUGUAUCUGGAAAGUGGAUAAUCUGAGCGGAAAGCAGGCAUGGUUAAGACUCGUUGUUCCCUGUGGGCUCUCUCUCAUCCCUUUUUGGAAUAAGCUGUAGACUCACAGGGAAGAUAGUGACUCAUUUCAAAUGACAAAAAAAAAAAGCCCCUCCUCACAAUAUGUGUGUUUGUGAUAUGCAAUUUGGAGUGGUUUAAAAAGUAUCAUUAUUAUAAUCAUUAUUAUUAUUGUUAAUUAUUAUUAUCUAUUAGCAUUUACAAGUACUCUAGUACGAGGAUUUACUUUUAAUUAUUUCUGUUUUUGUCUACAGUGGCAAUAGACAUUUGAGUGUUGACUAGACCUGCCUUCUUGGUCACUAAACCUUUUAAGCCUUUUACCUCUCCCAAUCCCUCAACCCCUGGAGCAUAGUAAUUAAUGUUUGCCUCUGGUAAUGUCUGAUCCUUUAGUCAGGUCAGAAGCAGCUAUUUUCCAUUGCUGCUCGGACCCCUAAGUGCCCUCUUUGAAGGCCAUUCCCAUCCCAGGGAGGAUGAUAGCAGGUGUGGAGUUCCCAGUUCUUCUCAUGCUGUCCUGCCUCCCCCAAAGGUGGCAGAAAAGAGUGCCAAGGUCCAUGGAUGUGGAGAUGAGAGGCGAGUUCUGUUCACUCUGCCGCCGAUUAGUUGUGUGACCUUGAACAAAUAACUUAACUUCCCUGACCCUCAGUUUCUUCAUCUGUAGAAUACAAGUGUUAGACUGAAUUUGUUCCUUCUAAUUGGAGUGAUCAUGUGUUAUUCAGAGGAUGGGCCUUGAAGUCUGUCAUCCUCUUCCCUACAAAUUACUUUCUGUCACUCUAAAAGCACCCCUGAUAUAAGAGAUAUGUGUCCGAGUAAAUGAUUCCUGUUUAAUAUAUUGUAUUUGAUUGGUUUUCCAGUCUUGACUGAGUGUUAUUGGGACACAGGUUUUAACUACCAUAAGGAAUUUGACAGAAAUAGCAUUGUUGUCUUUUAAGAUGAGUUUCAGAUUUCCUGGACUAGCUGCAAAACUUGUGUGUGUGUGUGUGUGUGUGUGUGUGUGUGUGUGUGUUUCUUACCAAUGCUAGACCUCUUUCACUAGUUCCCUUUUCAAUGGACCUUAGGUUGGAUUUUUUUUUCCCUCAAAACCUCAUAUUGAUGACAUUUUGGUGACAUUUCUAUGGGAUAUUUUCUUUGUUUAAAACAACGAAGUAAACAUACGAUGUGUUGAUCCUUGGAUACCAAGAAGGAGAAGCUGUGCCCUGGCACACACGAUUCUGACAUUUCUUCCAUUUUCUCAUGACUAUCACAGGCCUUUUGUUUUUAACACAGAAACUCAAUUCAUUCAACAGGUGGGGAGAAAUCGCUCAGUAGACCAUAGUAACCAAACCAAUAUUUGAAUGAUAAGCAUGUGUGUGCAUGAAUUACUACCUUCAGAGCAUGGCUGUGGUUCAGCAUUGGACAGGCAUCCUGGUUGCUGGUCAGAUUGUACUUUAGAAUCUCCUAGUUCUGAACUUUCAUAUUUUCCUCGCUGCAUUCCAUGUGUCCUCUCUCCUAUUUUUGCCAUUUAUGACAAUUUACACACAUUUAGGAGCAAAGAUUUCGAGUGUAAAGAGGCCCACUCCAGUCCCACCAUUUUUCUGACGCUAAAAUGGAGCCUCAAAGAAGAUAUAAGCGACUUGCCCCAGGGUUACCCAGGAAGUAAGUGUACUGAGCUAGAAUUUUAAUCUUGGUCUUCAGACUCCAAACCCAGCACAUUUCUUAUAAUGCCACAUUGUCUUCCUAUCUUGCCUCUCCUCGUGGCAGCCUCUCUUUGCUUUGCAGCUUUCUGUUUUGUGUAGGUUUUCAGUUUGGGACACUAAUGUUUUUGCUCUAGUUUUAUAUCUCAAAACUACUGCAAUUCAAAGUAUAAUCUUCCCUCUGAUGCCUCAUGCCCUGGGCCAACAACAACUUUGUAUUGCAAAUUAAGGAACUGAAAAUAAAUUUAAGCAUUCUGUAGGGAAUGUUUCUAACUUCAAGAAAUGUGAGAGAGAGAGAGAGAGAGAGAGAGAGAGAGAGAGAGAGAGAGAGAGAGAGAGAGAGAGAGAGAGAAUCAGAGCUGAAAGAAGCGUUCGGGUUUAGACUGACUAUCUUGUGGCUAAAAUUCUUGGGUGGGAGGUCUAGGUCAAGAAAGGGAAAAGAAGAGAUGAAACUCAGCCCAAAUAUAUGUUGCGUUAUACAGAGGAAACUCCUGCUUUGCAUUCCCUGGAUAAGCUUAUGACUCAGUUCCAAAAGAAAACUUUUAAGUUGCCCACUGAUAAGAUUAAUUCGGCUCUUCCCAUUGCUUAAACUAAGUAAAACAUUCGUUCCUGCAUCAGUUUCUCUCCCCACAUGAAAACUGAAAUGAAGAAUUGAAGCAAAUGUCUCUGGAUACUUCUAUUAAAAGAAGCAAAAAGUUUUCAUGAGAUGCCAGAGAAAUGAUGGGGGGGCGGGGCAGGAAUCCAGAUGACUGCCUUGAUUCUUCACCUCAUUUUGCACAUAGGGUUAGUUUCUCCAUGGUCAUAUGAGCAGAGAUUGACAACUACACAAGAUGUCUGAGAUAUCCUUUGGGUCCACUUUCAAUUCCUAUUUUUGGGUUCUAUAGUCCAUAUGAAAGAGGACACAUGUCUAAGUAGCAUUUGCUACAAGGAGACUUUCCACUAAAGCGAGAUUGCUCCUGCCUUUCUGGAUCCUGCCACUAACGCUCACUCCUGUCAUUAGGAGAUUAGAGGCAGAUGCAGAAGGCGUUAUUUGUGUUAAAAUUUAAAAAAAGAAAGGAAGGAAGGAAGGAAGAAGGAAAGAGGGAGAUAAGUAGGGAAAGAGAGAGAGAGAAAGAAUGAAAGAAAGAAAGAAACAAACAAACAAACAAAGAAAAAGUCUCUCCCUGGAUUCCUGUUCCAUUGAGGUAUUAUAUCCUUUCUUUGGAUUUCUCUUUGAAAGAUUUAGAAUCAUAGGGCAUCUCAAAACGAGGGUUCGUGGCCUCAACCAUUUUCUGUUCCUAUGUCCUGCAUUUCCUUCUGAGAAUUCUAGCCAGACAGCAGUAGCUCUCAUUUGGAUGGGGGAAAGGGCAAGCUGUUCUCUUCUUGACCUGUUGGCACGUGCUGCCAUCUAGUGGCUAAAAAGAAGUCUAGCCUGGAUAUUCUUUUGCCCUCUGAAUGUAUGUAUAAACUUAACUAUUUGAAAUGUGAAAAACCCCAGUUCGUUGAGAUUUUUUAUGAUAGAAACUUCGACCGAAGAAAAAGAUUCUGAUUAUCCCACUCAAAUGACUACAAUAUUUUUGCCAUCCUGGCUUCCCAGCCCCCACCCUCUAUUCUUUUAUUGGCUCAAAUUACUCAUCAUGGAGCUUACACUCUAGCGAGAGAAUGUCAUGUCACUGUGACCCUGCUGCUUUUGAGAUCAUUCACGCACCAGGCAACUCACUGUAGUUCGGAUGGCUGCUAGUAAUAUUGAUAUAUAGAAGUAUAUACAUAUAGCUCUAUAUGGAAAGCAUUUUCAGUCUUUGAUUAUAUCUAUGCUUUUCAGUUUUCAUUUGUUUAAAAUAUUUUAUUUCCUAUGUAUUUCCAAUAGUUCCUUUUUUACUUGUAUUUUAUAUGUCUAAGGGGCAUUCACUCAUAUACCAUUUUUUAAGAAACUGAGCUUUUGUAGAUGCAUGCUGAUAUGCCACAUUCAUAAAAAGGACAAGCCCAGAUAAUGAGGGUGUCUUUGGUGAGUUUAUUUGUUUAAGCAUAUAUUCAAGUCUCUCCAAGGAGGGCAAUGUAAAGAGGUGUGGGGGUACCCAAUUUGUCUGAGUAGUGGAGAAGUGAUGUUGGGUGAAAGCAAAGGGUAUGGAGAAUUAUGCAGAAGAAUCGCAGGGUGUCCCAAAAGUUCUAACAGUUUCAAACUGCACUAAGACUUUUGGAAUAUUCGGGGGGGGGGAGUGAAUAUAAUGGCAGUUGGGCACAAAGACCCUGGAGGUAUUUAGAACCUCAGGAUACAGAAUUUACAAAGAGAUUUCAUUAUUCACACAAAUGCCCACUUUAUAUCCCCCAUGGAUCCAAAACACAUUUGUGGAUCUAAUAACCACUUCUAUCCCACCAUGAAUCUAAAACUGGUAUUUGAGUUACUCAGGGCCAGGCAUUUCUGAGUAUGCAGAAUGCAUAAGCAUUUCCUUAUAUAUUAUUUUGCAACUUUGAAAGGGUACUCUUGGCAGUCAUGAUGAUUAUAAUCCCUUUAGAUUUCAUGAGUUGUUCUGGCCAAAUAUUUUUUCAUUUUGUGAGCCAGCUGUAGAAACGAUGACCUUCCCCAAGCUUACUUAGGCCAGUCCUAAUCCUCUUAGGCCAGACCCACAGCCCAUCACAGAAGCUCAGUUCUAAAAGAAUUUGCAAAAUGCCCCUUUCUUCAGGUCAUGGUUCAAAAUACAAAAGGAGAAAUGAAUAGAUGACUGUCCUCAUGGAACUUACAUUCUAGCAGGAUAAAAAAAAUAAAACCCGCAUUAAUAAGCUAUUAUAGAGUAAAACAGCAUAAUAUGUGCAGCUAUUCCACUGACUGAGUUUGAGUUUUCCAGAACUCUGUGGUCCUCAAGAACCCUGGAUUGUGCCACAGUCCCAGUGAGGCAUCAGAAUUGAACUUCAGUAGAGGCUGCUUAGAGGUUAUUUGGAAUUUUUAUGUCUUUUCUUCUGAUGAAAGGGCCAAUAUGAGAAUCAAUCUUUAAAACGUGAUUUAUCUGGUCUGUUAAACCUUGUGUUUGGGGGGAGGCGUUCAGCUACUGUUCUGAGCAGUCCAGAAAUUUUCAGGCAUUUUUCCAACCAAAAGGGUAUCUCAGAAGUGAUAGGCAUCCAACUAAGAGGAUAGAUGAUUGGUUCCCAGUUUUGACAGGGAAGAUAGCCUCACUAUGUAUAUAUUUCAGAGACAUCCUGGAUACCUUUUCAUUUCUUCAAGAAUUUGAUUUGGAAGGAAUUUGUCCAAUAAAACACCUCUCUCCUACAUGUUCUAAAUACAUACACAUACACACUUUGAUAAGCAAUAAACAAUCAUUCUUUCUCUUUAGGGGAAUCUAUCCCACUAACCAACACUUGAGGGGGGGGAUGUCUUGUUUCUAUCUUCUUUUGACUUUUCUAGUAAAGCUCAUUUGAGCAUGGAGUUCUCUUCCCCUAGGGACAAUUUCUUAUGGUCUCCUACUUGAAUUCAAGUUUUAAAUUUUGCAAACUACUAAAUCUGGAAAGAUCAACAGCAGAGGCCAAUGAGAGCUCAAGUUGGAAGGGAAGGCCAGAGGAGCAAAAUCUCUCUUGGUCCACAACUGCCAUGAAUUUGGUUUUUGUUGACCCAAGAUCUAUAAGUCUCUAGUGAGAAGACGGGUCAAAGUAUAUGUUUUCAAUGCCGUUUAAUUUCAAAGAUGAUACUGGUACGUGGUCUUUGGAUUGUACAAAUCCAUUAAGAAGGAAUUUAUUUGCUCUUUGUUAUCAAGUACCUCCAAGUAGGAAAUAUUUUUUCAUUAAUCAAAAUUUCUCUUCUUGGAAUCGGGUGCAACUUUUUUCUUUAGCCUGACUCAAUGGCCAAAGAGUGAAUACAUUGAAAAAUCUAUAUCACUGUCCAGUUGGGGAUACUAUUCCUCCAAGUAUUUUAUUUAGGAGGUUACAGCUUCCAUGUGGAGAGAGGCUUGUGUGCUAGCAGUCCAUAGUAUAAAAUGCCAUUUUCCCUCUGGUGCUAGAGAAUAACAACUUAAUAAAAUAAGAAACGGGGGAGGGAUUAGCUGAUUAUGCAGAAGGAUGUAAUCAAGUAACUAAAAGUAGUUUAAAGCCAUGUUAACACAAUCAAAGUGGAGAGAGCUAUAGAUUAAUGGUCAGUAUUUGCAAAAUUAUGAGCUGUGGAAUAGAGGGAAUGUGUUCUCAAAUAUUUUCUAUGUGAGCUGUUUUUAUAGCCUAAAUUUACUUGAUGACCACCUGACUCUUCGUUUCCCUUUGCUUGUAUUUCUAGCCUAUCAAGGCUAAAAUCCUUUAGAAUACCCAUCAGACUCUUCGAUGCAAAAAUAGACACCAUGUCUUAAUUGGUGCCCUUCCAAAUCUUCCUUUUGGUUUAUAGCAAAAAUAUUGUGUCCACUGAACCAGAUCAAUUUGUGUUUCAGGACUUUUUCUCUGUCUCAAAUGAGUUCAGAUAGCCUUGCAAAUAAUUCUCCAAAUUUACCUGCCCGUGAAACAUUACCAGCUCACAAGGUGCUAAUCUGCCCUGAAGAAUGAUAGGUAAUAGCUAAAUGGAUGAUGCUGAGAGGAAGCCUCAGUGAUCAGCAGGAAUACAGAAUCAGGGCUGACCCAAGACAUUUCCAUUUGUUUGGAAUUCUUACAAGUUAGCAUCCUAAAAUCUUGUAUGUCUGAGACCUCUGGAUCAACACCACUGAGCCAUAAUUUGAAACAAAUGCCUAUUUCUAAAUCAUGAAGUCAUAGAAUUAGAACCGGAAGGAGGCUUAGAUCUAACCUAGCCCAACCCCAUCAUUUUGCAGAUGAGGAGACUGAAUGCUAGAGAGGUGAAGUGACUUUUCCAAUGGAAAUGCUUAGAAAUGGCAAGAGAACAAGAAUGACUUAAAAACAACAAAAACGUAUUUGAGCUUCUCAAUUCUCACUAUGGCUAACAUGACAGAGCAUCUAAUAAUCAUUCCAUGCAAUCCAACAAAGAAGUGUUUAGCAUCCAGCGCAUAAGGCAUUAUGGGAAUUAACCCUAAUGCAUUCUUCCAUCACCUCACCCUGAAAAAGAAAUGAAAUGAUUACAUAGACAGAGUGGAAAUGUGACUUGCAUUCUCUCCUUGUUUCUUCUCCCAGACUACAUAUAUUUCUGGGUAAGCCCUUCACCCACUUGAAUGCACAUCACUUAUAGAGCAAGGACCACUGCUCCUCUGAGUAUGUGUUUGAUGCCAUAUGCAUCGAGUUUUCAAUGGAGCUGUAAGCUGGUGACCCUCCCCUUGACCACUGACACUUGGCAAAGAAAAUGCCUCCUGAAGGUCAUACUGGUGAAAGAGUGUGUCUUAGAGCUCACAUUCACAUGGCAUAGUUAAAUCUCAGAAAUAUGUCUUCAAGGGUUUGGGUUUCAUUUUCAUUUGGUUGUAUUUUGCUGUUUUCUUCCUGUUUUUACCUUGACUUUUCAGAUACGGAACAUUUCUUUUGUUGUUGCAGACUUCCCUAUUGCUGUAUCUUCUAUGCAAUUCCUUUUAUAAAGAAUUCCUAAUGGAGAAGUGCUCUCUAGGCAUUGCAUUCUUUGUAUUGCUGUACAGUGGAGAUGUGGUUUACUAGUUCUGGGUGUGCCUCUUCUCUCCCGGUUCUCCUUGCUCCCUUCUUUCCCCCUUCCACCACCAACCCUUCCCUCCAUUGACCCCUUCUGUUUGUAAAUUGCCUGCAUUUAUUUCUGUCAGCCUGACAUGUACAAAGUGUAAGAAAGAAUUUUUAAACAGGUAAUAAAUUAUAUUUAUAAGCAACAGACAA